AUGACAGAGCACCACCACGAUCACCAUCGGCCUAGCCGUUUAUCUCUUCCGCCCCGCACCACCAUCCCCACUACCUCGACAAACACUAUUAGAACUGGACACCUUCAAACUCAAGGAUUCCCCUACACCACAGCAUUGACUCCCACGCCAACCCCCUCUAAACAACGGCUGCCGUAUCUGUCCACCAAAUAUUCUACCUCAAAAACAUCCUCCCUCUCUUUUCUCUUCCUCCUUCUCUUCUCUCUUCGUUCCCUUUACUCUCUCCUUCCUUUCCUCCGUUCUUCUCCUUCCUCUUUCUCCAUCUUCCCCUUCGCUUUCCUUGUGUCUCUCCUCUCUUUCCUUCUCACCCUCUCUUUUUCUCUUGUCACUUCACCAGCUUCUUCCAAUAGAGGCCCUUUUUAUCAGAAACAGCGCCAGCCCAUUUUCUCUCUCACUUCAAUUCUCAAAUCUCAACAUAGACUUCUGCUGGCCAAGUCGCUGCUCCUUGCCAUAGUAUUCCUCCUCCGUUUCCAAGCUCUCCGUUACUGUGGCACUGCUGCCAUGAUCCUUGCUGAAUUGUCUGGGAAUGUGGCAGCACGGUUCGUUGCUGAGCGCAAGAAUCCAUAUUUCAUUGAUAAAAGGGGAUUUGGUUCAGGAAAGAUUCAAGGGUUUAUUGCUUUAUUUUGUGGAAUAAUUUUCUUGUCUAUCAGCUGGGAUCGUAUUGAGUGCUUUCCUCUAUCAUCUAUCAACAUCAAUAAGAAUGGCUUCUCAGUUUUCCCUGGCCGGGAUUGUGUUAGAAUAUGGCCCAUGGUGCUCCCAUUUCUUUCUGGGUUUUUAGGAUGUUAUGAGCGGGUUUCCAGUAAUUGGGGAACUAUUCGAGAAAUGGGUCGUAAACGGGUGCGGUUAAUUUGUUUGUUUUACAUGACUGCUCUGCUCUUCAUUCCUGCUUUGAUUAGUAUGUUUGUUUUUGAGGCUGAAGGGGAUAGUAUAUCGGUAGCAAGCCUCGGAUGGCCACUGGCUAAUACAGUUGUUUUCGGAGUGCUUUUGAGUGAGAAUUAUACAGAUGAGAAACUGACUCCAUCCAAAGAUUUCCAAAAGGAGUAUCUUGUUACAUUUGUUUGCACAGUUGUUUUGGAGUUGAUCUACUUUCCAGAGCUCUCCCUGUGGGGUUUACUGAUUUGUGGAUUGUUGCUGUGGUUUUCGGUUAGAGGAUUAGAUCCAUACAGGUCUGGUUAUCUUGAAUUAGGUGUAGAUUCACCAGAUUCAUUUACUGCCUCGGUUAUGAAGCCAGUUCGCCACAUUUUGAGUGAAAGGAAAUCCCGCAAGAUUGCUCUUUUCCUCUUGAUAAACACUGCAUAUAUGGUGGUGGAAUUCGUUGCUGGAUUCAUGAGUAACAGUCUUGGGUUGAUUUCUGAUGCAUGUCACAUGUUGUUUGAUUGCGCUGCUUUGGCAAUUGGUCUUUAUGCUUCCUACAUUUCCCGGCUGCCAGCAAAUGGCCAAUUUAACUAUGGCCGUGGCAGAUUUGAAGUUCUGUCGGGAUAUGUCAAUGCUGUUCUUCUGGUGCUUGUCGGAGCAUUAAUCGUACUGGAAUCAUUUGAGAGAAUUCUUGAUCCUCAAGAGAUCUCUACAAGCAGUUUGUUGGCAGUUUCUGUGGGGGGUCUGCUAGUGAAUGUAGUUGGGCUCAUUUUCUUUCAUGAGGAGCAUCAUCAUGCGCAUGGUGGUUCAGGAUCAUGCUCUCACUCCCACUCCCAUUCUCACCACCACCAUGAUCACCAACUUUCACAUAACCAUGACCACCAUCAGUCUCAUCACCACGAUCACCAACAUUCACAUGACCACGAUCACCAUCAUUCUCAUGACCACGAUCACCAACAUUCACAUGACCAUGAUCACCAGCAUUCACAGGAUCAUGAUCAUCAUAACCACCAAAGCCAGCACAGGAAUGAAAAGGGUGUUACUGUCAUCUCGGAUACCCGUUCGAACUUUUAUUCUGUUCAUGACAAACACCAUGCGCAUGAUCAUGAUUGCCAUGCUGAUGAAAAUCACCACACUCAUGGUUCAAAAUGCCCACACAAAAAUAGCGACGCUGAUCAUGGUCACCAGAGCGGUCACCUAGUCAAUAAUGAUUCCUUGAGUUGCAGUGGCCACUCUCAUGAAAUUCAAUCUGGUGGGAGUAAUCUGCACCCCAAAGAUCAAAGUAAGCAGCAGCAAGGGAAGCAUCACCAUCAUAUUGAUCAUAAUAUGGAAGGUAUCUUCCUACAUGUUCUAGCAGACACCAUGGGGAGUGUCGGAGUAGUUGUUGCGACACUCUUAAUUAAGUACAAAGGAUGGCUUGCAGCCGACCCUGCCUGCUCUAUUUUUAUUUCUGUCUUAAUUGUAUAUUCGGUGAUCCCAUUGCUUAGAAAUUCAGCCGAGGUUUUGCUGCAAAGAGUCCCAAGAACUCUUCAGAAGGAUCUUGGAAGUGCUUUAAAUAAUGUUAUGAACUUGGAUGGUGUUAGUGGAAUUCAGAACCUGCAUGUUUGGAGUUUGACAAAUACAGAUGUGGUUGGGACCCUCCAUCUUCAUGUUUCGAGAGAGGCAGAUAAGGCCUAUAUAAAAGCUCAAGUGUCCGACCUAUUAUAUGAUGCUGGCAUCAAGGAUUUAACUCUACAAGUUCAAUCUAUGAAAGAAUAG